GCCGCUGAUCUGGCAGUUGGUGUCUCGCGGCGUUGGUCCGCCCGCAGGAACCGGUCACUCACUCACUCGGCGGCGCCGAGACCCCGAGCCGGUCACCCGCACGUCCCCCUCCCCGGGACAGGGAGACGGCCACCCUCACACCGGGGCCCGGACACGGACACAGUCAGCGAGCGUCGGUGUACCGGCCCUCCCUCCCUCCCGAGGCCGCCCGCAGUGUAACCGAGAGGUCGUUAACACCCCUCCCUCCGGGCCCGGAGACAGACCGACAACUCCCACACCUUCUCCCGGCCCGGGGACGGCGACAGGGCGACCACCCACCACCCACCACCCACCACCCACCACAGAGAGGGAGCCGAGCCGAGACGAGGACCAGGACACAGGCUGAGCCGGUCCAGGGACCCGGAGACAACGAGACCCUCUCCCCCGGGCCCCGGAGCCUGAGCCGGAGCCACCCCGUGCUCUGGUCUCCUGCUGCCGGCGAUGCGGCCCACAGCGCGGUGAAGAGAUGGGUCCGGCGGGGCGAACAGUUAACCAUGACAGGAAGAAGUCAAACACGUUUUCUGCCAGCAACUAUUCAGCCAGCAUUGGGAGGCAAUGUUUACCUGUUUGCCAGCAGCACGCCUUCAGAAAAUGAACUUUCAGAAGAUGAAGUAGAAGGUUUUGAGCUGAGACCAAGAGGAAAGGAGAAAAUUCGAAGAACUGUAACCAAAGAUCGGUUGGAUGAUAUUGUAUACCUGAUCCGAGAAAUCCAAGAGGGCGACACAUUGAAUGCACUUGCUUUGCAGUACUGCUGUACUGUUGCAGAUAUCAAGAGGAUUAAUAACCUCAUCAACGACCAGGACUUUUUUGCUCUCAGAUCUAUUAAGAUUCCCGUGAAAAAGAUCACUCUACUGGGUGAGAAGCACAGCCCUGUUACAUCAAGACUAGUUCCACGUGUAGCCUUGGAAUCCAAUGCGCAGUUUCAAGAAUUUAAAGCUGGUGCAGAAUCCUAUUCUUCGAAUGAAAAUGCUGACAACUUUCUCAGAGAAGUUGAUAAAGACAUUGAAAGGAUAGUAAAAUCUAAUGACACCACUCGGGAGCAUUUAAAUGAGGUUGUUUCUGCUUUAUCUUCACAACCCUUCUAUCAAGCAGCAGACCGCAAAAUCGUACCAAAAAAAGAUCCACACUAUGGAGCUGAUUGGGGCAUGCGCUGGUGGAAUGCAGUGAUGAUAAUGCUAGUUGUUGGGAUUGUUACACCUUUAUUUUAUUUACUCUACUAUGAAGUUCUGGUAAAGGUUGAAACAAGCCAUCAUUCCACAAUGGAAUCUACAAAUCUACCUGUUACUCAGACUGCACAGCAAGAACCAAAGCAUAACAGCGAAAUUGAUCCCAUGAAAAGGACUAAAAUAGGCUCAGAGGAAGCUCUGGAACACGUGAAUUCAAAAGUUCAGCUUUCUGUCACCUGAUGUCAAUUAUCUAACGCACAUUUUUUCUGUGCCGUGCAAAGGCUUACCGAUUGCAUCCAGGAAUCCAGGAGUGACUAAUUAUAAUGUGGAGAAACUGGGGGAAUAGUAUCAUGUUAUAGAUUUUCAUAUUUUCUAUUCCAGUAAACUGAAUCAAACUUUGUAGAAUGGUUGAUAGAUUACCAAAACCUGCCUUCUAAUGUUGUUGGACAACAUAACAUAAAAACAGACUGAUACAUAAUUGGCUAAAUUUAAAGGGAGUGGCAGUUUGAGCAAUAGCCAAGUGCAAUAUUGUUGUUGUAAGCAGCAGCGUUGUGACAUUACCCAGAAUCUUCAUUUAAAUAAUUGCAUGUGAUGCUGAGUAGCAUGAUAUACAUUUCUUACAAUGCUUUCUUUCGUGGUUCAGUAGCACUCAGUGUGAGAAUACAUGUUAUUAAAUUACAUUCCCAUCCUUAUUUAAGGAUAAACUAUAAAUAUAAUUUAAAAUGCCAAAAAUUAUGCAUUAACCUUUAUUCGCACCAUAUUUUUUUAAACCUUGGGUGAUAGCUUGACGAUACACUUUGAUUUUCAGUAGUUACAGAAUGAAUAGACCACUUUCUCAUAGAUGCAGAGAACGUAAUGUAUAACCAUUCUAUAUGUCAGAGGACCACAUGAUGUCUUAUUUUCAACAAUUCAUUUAAAAGUGAUUCUGCUACCUGAAAAUGUUUUAAUAUAAAAUGUAUUUAUUGACUGUUAAAAUACUAUAGUUGAAGACAUUGCAUAUAUUCUGUUAAUAUUCAGGCUGUUGAAAGUUGACAUUUUAUGUAAAAAUUAUUCAUUCUUAAAACUUUAAAGAAAUUAUAUUCUUUAUAUUCUUUAACUUUUAAAAUAAAAAUGGAAACCUCUUGAU